GGUGGCACGAGCAAACGCGUCAUAUGGUUGCACAGCAGCCUCACAAUUCCCAUAAUCCGUUUGGGCUAAAAAUGGCAGCUUCCACGGAAGGUGGGAGUGAGAUGAGUACGCGUAAUAAUCAAGACCUGUCUCCAGUAUUUCACUUUUCUGGUGUAAAACAUGGUGAUCAAAGUACAGCACAUUCUGGGACUGAGGAACAAAAGUCAAAGAAGCCAUGUCGGGCCUGUAUGGACUUUAAGUCAUGGAUAAAAGAGCAAAGAAAACAGACUUCUUUAGCGGAAGUCCAUGUUGAAGAGGAGCGAGAGUUGCCUCCCGAAUGUCCAUUGGAUCGAGAAGAACUUGGCAGAAACACAUGGUCACUGCUUCACACUAUGGCAGCAUAUUACCCUGACUUGCCCACUAGGACUCAGCAGCAAGACAUGAAGCAGUUCAUUCAUGUGUUUUCAAAGUUUUUUCCUUGUGACGAAUGUGCAGAAGACUUGAGAGAGAGGUUGAAGAACAAUGAACCAGAUACAAGUAAUAGGCACAACUUCUCACAAUGGAUGUGUCUUCUUCACAAUGACAUCAGCAGACGUUUGGGAAAACCAGAGUUUGACUGUUCUAGAGUAGAUGAACGAUGGAGAGAUGGCUGGAAAGAUGGAUCUUGUGAUUAACUUGGAAAUAUAUAUAUAUAUAUAUAUAUAUAUAUAUAUAUAUAUAUAAUUGUUUUAAAUAAUUUUUAACAAAUGCGUAUAUUUGUACAGUAUUUAUACAUCUUUAUUAACUAAAAUUAGAUAAGAUUUUUGUGUGUUGUAAACAAGAAAUCACAGCUGAAAUGAUUUUCUUUACUGACUGAUUUGUAAUAGUACCAUUGUUUCAUUGAGAUUUAAUUUUUUUCUUUUUUGAUAUUCUGCAGUUUAAAUUAUUGAAGUGCUCUGAUUGUAUUUUUCUGAAUUCUAUGACAUUCUUGUGCUUUUACAGCCAUAUUGUCAUUUGACAUUGCAAGGCUUGAUGUAGUGUAAAAAAAAAAGUUAAUUGAUUCCUCCCCCAGUUUUCAGUAUUGGAAUGCUUGAAAAUGGUUCAACAUUUGCUGUGAUUAUACCUGUCAAUGCAGACCAGUAACGUAGAUGUUAAGGUGCAGGAUUACCAACCGACAGAUCUGGGUUCGAAACCUAGUUGGGGAACAGUUGGGCAGCAACAUUAUCUGUGAGGAAGAAUAUGCCAGAACCCUAUUAGGGCUACUCAGUCGCCAUGAGUCAGUUUCAACUCGAGGGCAUUUAACUUACUUAUACUUGUCAAGUGAUUUAGUCUAAAGCCAUUCUUGCUUCAGUUUCAAAAUAUUUGAGUUGGGUCUUUAAUUAUACAUUUGACUGAGAGUUAGUUUGUCUUGUGUGCAAGCUCAAAUACAUGUUUACAUGCUUAUGUAUUUGAGACAUGUUGCCUGCUGGUGUUGCCUUAGUUUUGUUCUUUCCUUCACACUUGACUGUUUUUGUGACAAGAUGAUUAGAAUUAUACACACACACACACUCUCAGCAAUGUUUUACAGUUACAGAUUUUGUUCUUUAGAGAAUUUAUUUUAACAGAAAUUUUUGUAUUCUAGUACUAGAUUUUUGUGAAGGCAUAGUAGCAGUAUUUAAAGUGUCCUUAGUUUUGGAGCCUUUGGACCUUAUUUUUUCACUGUCUCUGAUUUGUGAGCCUUUGGACCUUAUUUUUUCACUAUGUCCCUGAUUUGUGAUGAAAGAAAUGGGGAGCAAGAUGUGUAGGAUCCUACAAUUUGUAUACUGGAAUGAUCUGCAGUGCGUAAUUAUUGCUUUCAUUUUAUGAUGCUGUUAGCUUGCCAUGUUUCUUAGUUGUUUUCCAGCUGCAUAGCUCAUGGAUGUACAUAUCUGCCCUUUGUGGCAUCAUAUGCCAGACUAAUGCAGCUGGAUGUACAUAUCUGCCCUUUGUGGCAUCAUAUGCCAGACUAAGAGGGCACACACUGUCUGGUUUUCCAAAAGCUUUCCUGCUGCUUGCAAAGUUUAGAAACAAUUUUUACAAAAUUUCCUCACUUCAUUGAAUAAAUCAGAUUUGUAAGCUUUCACGUUGUUAUGCCACUAGCUAGGUCCUACAUAAUAUCUGUUUAUUGCUUGGAGGAAAAGAAUAUGAAACAGUGCCAUAACUGCAAAUGCUUGUGCUCUUCCACCAUCUAUAGAAGACUUGGAGAAAACCUCAUGGUCUUUGCCACUUUGAGAAGAUGGUAGUUGUGAGGGGUUUUUUUGCAGGGUCCUGCAAGACUGAUUGUAAUACCAGACCAUGCAUUUUAAAAAAGGAUGUACAUGAGGAAACAUCCUUCCUUCAUAAUCUGCAGAUAAGGGGACCACUCAUCUCUGAAGAGUAACAAGCUUUUUGCUAAUAUGAUGGCUUGAUUUUUUGCCUAUAUUGUGCCAGCAAGAGGAGCAUGGUACUUUCCCACAUUUGGACUAUGACCACAGCUGGCCAGCAGUUCCUUAAAUCCUCCAGUGAAGGUUAAAUGGUUGAACUUUGGCUUGGGGAUAUUGCUCCUAUAGCCUUCUUCAUGUUUUACAAGACUGACCAGCUAGAGUUAAGGUAAGUUGCUUUCGUCUUUCUGUGUUAAUUGCUUGAUGGUAAUAGCUCAGUCAUUGGCUGUGUGUGAUGUGUAGUGGUUGGACUUGUCUGUGAGAUUUGAGUGUGCAUCCAUAGGAUGCAUAGCUUGAUGUCAGCACCAGCAGGCUGCAUGCAGACUUUUCAUGACCCAGCACAGUCUGCUGUUUGUGCUACUCUGUGCAAUUGAGUGCAAUAGCCAAUGCUCAGAACUCAACUUUUAUUCACUCUGCAGCUCAUGUGAUCCCAGGCUGCCUCUUGGGGUACUUAGGGAUAGGAGAAUAUUUCCCUUCCUCCCUCCAUUUCCUUUUGGGAAAGGGGGUUCUGGCAAGCUAAGACAAAAAAAUGAACCCCCUCCUUCACAUGACCCUUUCUGCGGGAAAAUCUGAAGCUGAUGGAGUCCCCUGUGAAGCUGCCAGUUGCUACUCUUCCUUCUCCCUUUAAAUAAACUACUCUCAGGGGGGAAAAGAUGACAAGUUUUGAGUCAUUUUUACCCAUCUGUAAAGGCUUAGUGGAGUGUAAUGACAUCUUGGUGAAACAUCCUUAGGCAGUUUCCACUCCUGAUUUCUGUAGUCCAGCACACUCCUCAGAGAUCAUAAACCAUUGUCACAUGACAAGGACUCUAAAACUUUUGACAGGGUUAGUAAGAGGGUAUUCUGUAUCACUUGGGACUGUGGAUCCUUGUCUAUCUGUCUUACCCCCCUAACUCCAGUUCUGCAUUGUGGACAAAGUUUUGGAUACUUGACAGACCUCCCUGAAUGUGAAAUAAGAGAACGACAAACAAUACAACGAUAUAUACCAUGUGUUUUAAUAUAUCCUACUUGUGACUGUACUGAUGUUAUGGCAAGUGAACGAGGCUCGGAAAUAUGCAUACACUAGAUGGGCUUGUCUGAGACUAACCGAUGUGGUGAGUACAUAGGUUUUAUUUGCCCCAGUAAAAGAAGUGCCUUCUUGGAAAGAAACUUGGCAUUCAUUUUUUUCUGUAACAAGGAAUGAGGCAAUGCGCCAGUGCACACACUUUCUGAAAAUAACCUUUUCAUGCAACUUAGCUUGGUUUUCCAUUUGUGCUGCUUUUAAAUCAGAAUGAAAUGCUUCUUCCAUGAAGAUCCAAGAAUGUAAAAUAUCCCAUGCCAGUGCUGCCUUCCUAAACGUAUUGCAAUCUACUUGUCAGCAAAAGACAUGGUGUCUUUGUUUUCUUGUCUACAUAUUGAUGAGACGUAAGUUUCAGAGAGAUCUAUAAAACUUUAAUGAAAAUGUUGGACAGGUAAGAUAACACGACUAACACGCUUCAACAGUAUUGACUUUUUUUUUUGUCAGAUUGGUUGCACGCAUACUUAAGUUAUACAUCUUUUUGUACAUCUGUUUGAUGCCACUAUAAAUCAGUUCACCAUUACAUUUAAUGCAUAAAAUUGUGUCCAUAACAGCAAAAAAGUCAACAGACAGCAAAUAACUUUCUGUUUUGAAGUAAAAGCUUGUUGGUCAACAUUAUAGUAUGCAUUAUACCGCUCAACAUUUUUUGUUCAAGAAUUCUGGACCAAGGCAAAAGUUAUGGGAGGGGGGGGGGUCAAAGGCCCAAAAUCAAGGAUAAUUUUUAAAUAUUACUCUAAUCCAUUUGCAGAUUAUUAAAACAGUAAGCUUUGCAUCAACAGUCAUUUUCUGAGCAAUACAAAAUGGAAAUGUAAUGUUUGGCAUUAUUUAUGGUGUGUAAUCCUCAGUGAUUUGCUGCAAAAUCAAAAAAAAAAAAAACUUUGAAAGAUGGGACAAAAUUUAAGGCAAAAUUAGGAAAAUUCUCCAAAAUUUUGGAUAGCUAAGAGGUAUAUGCAUGCAGUAUACUAAAGUCAAAUUUGGAAGCAAUUGGGCCAUAUUAUCUGAUGCUGUUGACAAGUAAAGCUGCUCAGUCUAUGUAAGCUAUGUCCCAUCCCCAGCCAUAGCUAUGAAAGUAAUUUUAAACUUUCAAGAAAUAAUUUUGAUAAAAUAGCAAUACCACUGAGUUCAGUGUAUUUGCAGCCUGCCACUUGAGAAAUGGCCUUACUGUGAAGCUAUGUUGACAGUCCCUAGGGAUCCUAUUGUGUUGUACUUAUGAAACAAUCUGAAUGUCUUGACAUACAGUAAUAUAUUAUGGGUUAUUAAAGAUAAUUGAACUUCCAGUGGUAGUAAAUUGCUCAGUGUAGCCUUAUCUGAUCUGUCCCAGAUGUAUAUGUACCUAUACAAAAUACUGUGUGUUAUUGUUUGCAUUUUCUUGUAUCAGUCUUAAUUAAUCUUGGAAGUCAUAAUGUCUGAGUCAUGGAAGUACUUCCCAAAUAAAAAUGUGCCCAUUUAUCUACAAAAGUAGCCUUUUAUUGUAUUUAGAAGUUUUUGGAUACCAUUGCUGAAUUUGUAGAACAUGCGAGUCCGAGAUCAGAAUUGUACAACUUUAACAGAAGUGGCAAACUUGAGUUAGCUUAGAUGCUGACAUUUGAUAAACGGAACUGAAGUUGUAUCACUUCUUUGAACUGUUUGACUUCUUAAUUACUGUAGCUUGUUAAUUUUGUAUCAUAAAUUAUGUUUGCAAAAUGACUGCAUAAGUACAGUGCUAAUCUUGUACAUAUACUUUAUGAAGAGACAGAAACCAAAACAGAAUAAUUUAGCACUUUACUGAAGAAACAUAAUGAACUUGUCAUGUAUGCAUAGAUCCAUACCCGAACUAAGUUAACCUCCAUACGCUGAAAGGACUUAUUGUAAUUUCUUUCAACAGUAAAUAUUUUGUUGAACAUGUCGGAUAAAAUUGUCAUUGGUAAUGAGGAUUAGUUCUCCCCUUUUCCCUGCUAAAAAUGUGCAUUUCUAAAUGGUGUCUAAUUUAAAAACAGUAAUGACUCACUGCUUCAAGCAGAAUUUUCAGGCUUUUGUUCAAGAUAUUAAAUAUUUUCAAUUAAUAAAGAUAGUAAAUGUCAAACUUUGCAAAAAUUGAAUGUCAGUAGCACACUUUUUUGUGGGAAGGAAAAUAUUUGUGUUAUUUUUUUUAGAGGAAAAAAAAUUAAUGUAAGCUGCAGGCUCAUUUAAAAUACAGAUCUCCAUUGCAUCUGA